CGCUAACUGCCCAUGAUCAACUCUCAGCCUCGAGGCAUGGACCGUCUCGUUGGGCCUAGAGUGCUGCCCGCGCUCACAAUCCUGAAACGCCCAGCCUAGCUCUCGCAUUUGCGAAGCAUCGUCGUCAGGACCAUGGCGGAAGAACAGGUCGAGACCAACGGCCCGGCGCCAGAUGCAUCAGGCAACGCGAUAGCUAGUGCCAGUAGGCCGCCUCCAGAAGACAUGGAGGCGCGGGGAGACGGUGGGAUCAAGCCAGCUCCGACCUCCUUAUCGCACUCCCGUUCCCUCUCGCUAUCCACUCCAUCUUCAUCGCACAAACAGCGACAGACACAAAGACACGUCACGGUCAAAGACCUAUAUCGUCAAUUCGCGAGCCAUUUGGGCGAAACGAUCUCGCAGGAAGAUGCAUCCCUCCCGUUGGGAUGGCAGUGUUUCCUGACGGGCGCGAUCGAUGCGCUCAUGUAUUCUCGCUCGGGCGUAUGGGUCGCAUUCCAGACGGGCAACAUGGUGCAACUCUCGCAGAAUAUAGCGCAAUAUAUCAUCCCAUGGCGACCAGGUCUCACGCGGCAACCACUCGAGGCGGUCGAGCGAGCCGUGACCAUAUCAACAUUUCUGCUAUCCUCAUUUAUUGGCUCUUUGAUUGCACGGAAGAUAGGCCAGCGAAGACGCGCGUGGCUCGUCCUAUCAAGCGUACUGCAGAGCUUAUUCCUCUGGGGCACUGCUGGAAUCUUGCUUCAUCUGCCUGACGACGUCGCACCGAGCUUCCAGUGGUUUCCUGUAAUACUUAUACUUACUGCGUUCAGCAUGGGCUUGCAAUCUGUCACAUCGCAAAUGGUGUCCAGUCCGCCUUGGGCCACAACAGUAGCCUUCACCGCAACCCUGACGCAAAUCGGCUCGGACCCAUACCUGCUGACGCUUGCACCUUCGCCACAGACGAGCGGAAGGGACCGACGGCUGCUGAGCGUGGUGAUGCUCUGCUUCGGGGCCGGCGUCGCUGAGUGUCUGCUGAACACGGCGCUGAAUUUCAAGGGGUCCAUAGCGGUCUGUGCAGCACUCAAGCUGUUCCUCGCUCUGCUUUGGCUGGCUCCGAACGGCUCG